UGUACGGGCACCUGUUUGUAAAUAUAGCCAAGUCGCGUGCCUGUCACAGUAAAUUGCUGAACGUCCGGGAAAGAUGGCACGAAAAUUGUUAGCUCUCCUUCCUCUGUUAGUGGCAGCGUAUGCCCGAAGUAUAAACGAAGAGUCGAAACACUGGGGAGUGAUCGUCGCAGGUUCCAAUGGCUGGUUUAACUACAGGCAUCAGGCUGAUGCAUGCCAUGCAUACCAGAUCUUGCGUAAGAAUGGAAUCCCAGAGGAAAGGAUCAUCACCAUGAUGUAUGAUGACAUCGCCAACAACAGAGAGAAUCCCACGCCAGGAAAGAUCAUCAACCGUCCCGAUGGCCCUGAUGUUUACCAUGGCGUCAAGAUCGACUACAGGGAGGAGGAAGUGAACCCUGAGAACUUCCUGAAGGUUCUGAAAGGGGACAAGGAAGGAAUGGUCGGCAUCGGAAAUGGGCGGGUGCUCGAGAGCGGACCAAAUGAUCAUGUUUUUGUGAACUUUGUUGACCAUGGAGCUCCAGGAAUUAUUGCAUUUGGGAGCAAGUUUCUCCAUGCCUCGGAUCUCCACCACACCAUCCUCACGAUGAACAAGGAACAGAGAUACGGCCAGAUGGUGAUCUAUGUGGAGGCUUGCGAAUCUGGCUCGAUGUUUGACAAGAAUCUGCUCCCCAAGGACAUCAACGUGUUUGCCACAACUGCCGCCAACGCCCAUGAGUCGUCCUAUGCCUGCUACAUGGACAAGGAACGAAAGACCUUCCUGGGAGAUGUGUACAGUGUCAGGUGGAUGGAAGACUCUGAUAAGGAGAAUCUUAGCACUGAGACACUGACUAAGCAGUUUGAGAUUGUCAGACGGGAAACCAACACAAGCCAUGUCAUGGAAUUUGGAAAUCUGACAAUGGGAAGUAUUGAUGUUGCUGAAUUCCAAGGGAAGAACAUGGAAAUGCAUAUCUUUGACAAACAGCCGAUUCCCAAUCCCAAUCUGGAUGCAGUGCCAUCAGAGGAUGUUGAGAUGAACAUUCUGCAGCUGAAGGUCCAACUGGCGGAGUCUGAUUGGGAGCGGGAGCUGGUCAGCCAGAAGCUUGAGGAUCUCAAAAUUACCCGCAGGAGGACAGAGGAGACAUUCAAGCAUAUCAUGGCCCUGUCUGUGAACAACAACAAGGACCUGGUGUAUGACCUGAUGACAGAGCGACUCCCCCUGCUCGCACAUGACUGCUACAAACCAGUGACAGAGUACCUGAGGACCAACUGCCCGGGUCUUAACUUUGUUAAGAAUGACUACGCCCUGCGACAUCUGUACACAUUUGUCAAUCUCUGCGAGCACCAAACGCCCCAAGAGGCAAUCAUGGGAGCCAUUGACAAGACUGCAGAAGAUACAGAUCUUUGUUAAGUAUGGGUAUUAAUAGUUGCCUUCCCUCACCUUGCCUGCUUUUCGAGAGGUCAAGGUUAUGACCUUCCAUUUUGAAGGUCAAGGUAACAUUCCCCCUUGAUAUGAUCACAUUCAACCUGAAUGCCUUUGUGAUACAAGACCGUUAUUAUGAUACAAUUAAUUCAUUAUAUAUGUAUUGAAAAAAACAUGUGUCCAGAACUGAUAAUUUUGUCAAUGAAAGAACAGAUUUGGCUUCAAACAAAAAUCUAAUUUGUAUAUAUAUGUAUUUAUAUUUACAGUCAUAGCAAUAUUUUAGUCAAGAUUACUUUCAUUUUUUGUUCAUGUUGUUCAUUUAAGUAAGUCUGACACAUUUACAGGUCUCUAUUUUAAAAUGUAAAAAUUGAAACAUGUACUUAAUUCUUAUAUUUUACAUGUACUUAAGAAAUGCAGCAUUCAUAAACAUAAGAAUUGUCAUGGCAUUUUGCAGGACAUAAUAUAUUUGCAAACAUACUCAACAUUCCUUACAUAAUGGAGCAUUUAAUUGCUGUAUCGUCUGUGAUGGAAUCAACACUGUAUGUUUUGCUUUCUACAGAAGCUCAAGCACAUAUCUGAAUCAAAAUGCUGCAUAUGUGAUUGUUGUGUGAUGUGUUCAUCUUUGUUGAUUGUAUUUAGGAAAAGACUGUACACACGUGAGAAAGUUGAUUCGUCCUGUUUUUUUAUAUGACACACACUUAAUCUUUAUAUGAUGGCUUUAAAGUGUCACAGUGGAAAUGUUCUGAAUAGAAUUUGAGUAUAUUUUUACAUUUUUCUUCUAAUAACAAUACUAAAAGGUAUUAAAAGUUCAACACUUUGUUUUUAAAUGAAACUUAUUGAACUUGUUGGUAAUUAACUUUUCAAUUUAGAACUAAACACGUUCUUUGAAAGUAGUGUGAAAUAUUACGUUUUGUACAGAAGAUAUCUAAUAUUUGAAUAUAUCUUAUGGCAAAGUGAUUUCAGAAUAAAUUGUCAAUCUUA